ACAGCAUCCAAGACAGCUCACAAUGAUCCUCAGCUCCUGGUAGCCACGCCAUUAUAUAAUCUCUUCUCACACUAAAUCAGGGGUUAACUGCAUAAUCAAUAGAAUAUGGCAGAAGUGAUGGUGUGUGACCUCAGAUGCUAGGUCAUAAAAGAGAAUGACACUUCCACCUUCUUGGAUUUCUCACCCUGGGGAAAUCCACACCAUGUCAUAACACUCAAGCAGUCCCCUGGAAAGGACCCUCUGAAGAGGAACUGAGGUCUCCCAUCAGCAGCUACAGCCAACUUGCCAGCCAUGUCAGAUGACACUUUCAUGAAGUUGUUUCCCUGAGGGCUCACCUUUGUUUCAGAAAACUGAAGGCACUGGAUGGAUUUCAAAACGAUUGCCCUUUCCCUCCCCUUGCCAGAAGCAAGAGGGCGUUUUACUCUGAUCUUCACUGUGAGAACCUCAAGUGGCUUCUGAAGAGGCUCUUGAAAAUUGCAUCAAGUCUAAAGUGAACCAGCUCACUCUCAGGCAGAACUACAACCAUGAGCAACAAUGGAACAGACCUAACCCUUGGUUUCAUCUCCUCUUCUGUAGCCAUCCUUUUGUUUGGCUCAAACUAUGUACCACUUAAAAAAUAUGAUACUGGUGAUGGAAUGUUUCUCCAGUGGGUGCUUUGUGCUGCUAUAUGGUUGGCUGCCUUGGUGGCCAAUCUGGUAUUACAUUGUCCUAAGUUUUGGCCUUUUGCAAUGGUGGGGGGCUGCAUUUGGGCAACUGGGAACAUUGCUGUUGUCCCAGUGAUGAAAACCAUUGGUUUAGGUCUUGGGCUCUUAAUCUGGGGAUCAUUUAAUGCCUUAACUGGUUGGACAAGCUCAAGGUUUGGCUGGUUUGGAAUGGACGCAGAAGAAGUCGCAAAACCACUGCUAAAUUACUUGGGCGCUGGACUAUCAGUGGUCAGUACUUUCAUAUGUUUCUUCAUCAAAAGUGAAAUACCAAAGAACACGUGUUCUAUGGAUACCACACCAUUAAUGACAGAGCAUGUGACCAACAAAACUCAAGACCCCUGUCCUGGCUCCUCCUGGGUGGAUAAACUUUCUCCAGUGCAGUCCCGAAUGGUGGGCUGCAGUCUUGCAGUGAUAUCUGGAAUACUCUAUGGAUCCACAUUUGUGCCAAUCAUUUAUAUCAAGGACCACAGCAAAAGAAAUGAUAGUAUAUAUGCAGGGGCAAGCCACUAUGAUUUAGACUAUGUUUUUGCACACGCCAGUGGCAUCUUUCUUACGAGUACCAUCUACUUUCUGGCUUACUGUAUAGCCAUGAAAAAUAAUCCUAAACUAUAUCCUGAAGCAGUCUUGCCAGGAUUUCUGUCAGGAAUACUUUGGGCAAUAGCCACCUGCUGCUGGUUCAUUGCUAAUCACUCUCUCAGCGCUGUGGUCAGUUUUCCCAUCAUCACUGCUGGUCCAGGAUUUGUAGCUGCAAUGUGGGGUGUCUUCAUGUUUAAAGAAAUACAGGGUCAACAAAACUACCUAUUAAUGAUAUUUGCAUUUUGCAUCAUCUUGACUGGAGCAUUGUGCACUGCUUUUUCUAAAACCUAGCCACCACAUGACCAGCAGGUGGCAGCAGUGAUUAAGGGAAGGCCUCUACUGGACACUAGACAGAUUAUGCUGAGAACAGAGAUCAUUUUCAUACCGCAAAUGGAUCUCAACUCAUCUUGGAGUGGGUAAAUGAAUUUUUUUCCAUAAAUGUGAGAAUAAAGGAAAACAUUUUCAGUCAAGUAAAAAAAUGAAAAAUUCUUCUGAUGAACUUUUUUGAAGGUAGGACUUUAGGGAGUGACUAAAAUGUCUACAUUCUUGCAGUAUCAUAUCUACGGGUGCUCUUUAUUCUUUUUAGUACUUUUAAACAUUUCAAAAUAAGCAUGCACACACAAAUAAAAAAGACAUAGUUGGGAAAUUUUCCGACUCAAGAGUUUCCUCUCCUACAGAUAGAAGCCAGAAACUCACUCUCCCAGCCUUCCUUGUGGUAGGAUGUGCUGCUCCUGACGGUGUAGCCUCCACGCCCCAUGUUGUGGUCCUGCUGGGGAUUCUGUGAGCUACCUAAUCAAGUUGUAUGAGGAACUUAGCCUCAUUUAAAAAAAAACUCAGAAAUCUAUUUAUAGCCUAUUUUAAUCAACUUUAAUGAAGUGUGAUUUGUAGCCAACGAAAUUCUCCCAUUUUAAGUGGACAGUGCUCUGAGCUCCAGCAAAUGCACACGCAUGUGAACACCACUACAAUCUAGACACAGAACACUUCCAGGAACCCACAUGUUCCCUUCUGCCCCUUUGUAGUUAACCCCCAAGACCAGGCCACCAGUGAUCUGUUUUAUGCCUUUCUAGAUUACAUUGGUCUGUUCUAAAGUUCUAUGUACAAGGAAUCACAUCAGUACGUACCCUUCUGUGUUUGAUUUCUUUCAUCUUAUAGCCAUUUUUAUAAUUUUUUUUUUUACUGUGCACAGAUGUUGUGUUGUAGAAUUGUGCACCUGAAACCUGUAUAAAUUUGUUAACCAGUCAGUAUCACUCCAAUAAAUUUAAUAAAAAGGAAAAAAACAUUUUUACUGCUCUGAAACACUUAUAAUUCUCAAUUAUUUUUGCUAGUGUAUAUUCAAAAUAACAACUAAAGCAAAAAUAAUUAACAUUUGGAAUCAUUAUAUUUCAGUGUGUGAUGUGUCAUGUUCCAGAAAUUCACUGUUUUAAAUUAAUAGUGUAGUUAAUAAUUUUUAGCUACCCUUUGAGUCCACCUCCAAUCUAUGAUAUUCUGUCUUGAGAGACUGUAAAACAUUAAAUUGCUUAAACUAGAUCACCUCCAUUGUCUACAAGUUGAAAAAAGGGCAUAUUCUUGGGUUUUCUACAACGACCUAAUGGAUUAUAAUAUCUGGGCUAGAAAGUGUGAAUAUGCAUUUUUAAAAGUGUUCUUAAUUAUUCUUAUUACACUUGUAUUCUAAAUUGUAUUUGUGACUUAUACUUUGAUAUUUAAAAGAUUUCAAUGAACUAGAAACGUAAAAAAGAAUAUUCUGUCUUCCACUCCUAGAAGAAGAGAGAGAAAAUAAAAUAAGUUAUCUAUUUAAUUUUAUGAAGAAUUUUUUAAGAGAAAAAAAUGAAAUGCUUAAAACCAAUUGUUCAAAUGGAAAUUUUGCCAAAAAUAAAAACAAUAAUAAUAACUGUGUAUCACACUCUUUCUUUUUUUUUUGGCUCAAACCACUUGACUUCCUCCAAGAGGUCAGUGACCAAAUCUGUUUUUACUUCAAACCCUGCAGAAAAUUACUCUUUCUCCAGCAAUAAAAUCUGUAACACAAUUCUCCCUGACAAGAUCCCAUGAAAACAAACAAAAAUUCUCAUUUAUAAAUGGAGAUUGUCCAAUAAGACCUAAUGAAAUAGGCUGAAAAUUAGAACCUAACUUUCUAAAGCAUUCCUCAUGAUUUUCUUAAGUACCUCAUAGAUCCUCGUAAGACACUGACUGCAUUCUUUCAUUGUCUCUUUCCAACAAGGUACUUGUAAGCACUGUUUCUAACUCAUUCAUACCUGCAUAGAGAGUUUAUAAAUUUGCCUUUCACAUAUACCAUAAAGUUUUGAUUUAUAAAACUCACCUCAAAUAUUUAUUUUCCAACAGAAAAAGGCUGUAUUGUCUCCCUUUCUUCCAAAAAUAUUUGAGCAUUAUAUUGGCUUUAUAUAUAUGUGGCAAAUUUAUUGUGAGCUCUUUGAGAGUAGAAGUUGUUUUA